AUGUUAUCCGCAAGACCACACAUAUACAAAGACGCUACGGAAAGAGCCACUUACGCGUUGUUUGAAAAACUAGUUAAGGAGAAAGACUUCUACUGCAUCCCAUCUCUGUUGGCCGGGAGUAUCGGAGGUAUCAAGGGCAUGAAAGCCGAGCGCAAUGGCGUGUACAUGGCAUCGUUCCAAGACGUCUACAUUAAGAAGCUGCAAAAUCUAAAUGAAUUGAAGACCUUAUAUCCGGAGGAGAAUUUUAUAUUUGUGGGCGACAAUGGCCAGGCCGAUGGUAUGGCUUGUAAAAUAUAUAAUAAUGAUGGAAUACAAGAUAUACAACAAAAAAACAUAGAGCAUAUAUUUGUGUAUACGCGUAUGUCAGAUAUAUAA